AUGGGCGCAUGGAAGAAACCCCGGCGAGCUCCCUCGAAUCCUGUCGUGCGGUGCAUCAAGAAGGACUUCCCGAAUCGUGAGCACUGUGUAUCCUGGAUCAUUGCUGGUAUGGAGAACAUGCAUAAACCUCGAAUGGACACUUUCCUCGAGGACUGCGACAGCACCUGCGAGGCCGUAGGCAAUACCUGCGGAUUCGCCGGAAUCUACGGUGGAACUGUAUAG